AUGAGUGAAUAUUUGAACAUCAUAAGAGCAUGGGAAGCGGGUAACAAGAAAAGUCUUGAUUCUGAUGUGGGCUUGAUCGAUCAAAUCGAAACAAAUAUCAAAAAUAAUUUAUCAAAAUCAAAACCAGCAUGCCGAGUUAGCGAUUUAGAGAAUUAUACGGUGCACACAAUGAAACUUAAAACACAUACUAGGAUUCAAAACGAACUUGAAGUUGUUAAAAACGAUAUAUCUUCCAUUGAUUCCAAAACUAAGUCAGAUGAGUUAAUUGCCUCAUUAAGCUAUCUUCGCGCUAUGACAAUGCUUGAUGAUACUAAGUUUUAUCUCAAUAAUUUCAAACCUAUUCUUAAAAAGAUUCCUGACAUUCAACCAGUCGCAGAUCAUUCAUCAUUGAUUACAUUUAAAAAAUGCAGUCCAACAGAAGAAGAUGUUAUUCAAACUACGCUGGAAUUAGAAGAAAAAUUAAAUCUAAAAAAUAAAACUUUAGAAGUUAUAUUAAUGGAUUCAGAGGUCUACAAGUCAAAAAUAAUUCUUAUUGAGUCCAAUAAACAACAACAAAAAGAACUUGAAAGCCAACAACAAAAUAUUCAAAAUUCAAACAAUUUCGUUCCUCCUCCAGAGCCACAACCGAAACCUCAACCACAAAGACCAAGAGCUCAUGAUAGUAUUCAGCCUUCAGACGUAGAUAUCGAAGAACACCUUGAAAGUGGCCUCGAAUUCAUGGAAACACCAGACAUAUCUGGUGAAACACAACAAAUUCAGCAUACUGAUGGAUAUAAGUCACCAUAUAAGCUGAAAUUCGGAAAGAAAUAA